CCUCCUCCUCCGCUCCCUCCCUCUUCCCGCCCUCUUCCUCCAAACCCCAGCCCAAAACCCUACCUCCCUCCGGCGGGCCAUGGCGCCGCAGCCGCCGCUCCAACCACCGGCCGCCUUCGACGACUACGGCCUCCCUCCCUGUGACCCCACCCUCACCUCCUACUUCGACCAGGGCUUCCUCAAGGCCGCCUACGACGGCGACCUCAGCGACGUCAGGAAGGGGGCGAAGGUGGUGGGGCGGGGCUUGGAAGGCCGCCGCCUCGCCGAGAGGCUGGGCGCCGUCAGGGACGGGAUCGGCAUGGGCCUGCUCCACUCCGCCGCGCUCGGCGGCAGCCUCCCGGUCUGCCGCUUCCUCGUCGAGGACCUCCGCCUCGACAUCGACGCCGCCGGCCCGCACGGCGAAACACCUCUGACCUUUGCGAUGGGCAUUCAGAACGUGGCUAUGGUGCGUUACAUUCUUGAGCAAGGUGCUGAUCCAGAGAAGGCCAACGCCAAAGGGAGUACUCCUCUCCAUUUCGCCACUGGAAUAGGAAACCUUGAAAUCGUAGAGCUCUUACUUUCCAAUGGAGCUUGUGUCAAUGGAUUAAGUCUUGGUGGGACAGCAUUACAUGCUGCUGUCCAUGAUGGGCGGGAUGAUAUUGUGAAGGUUUUGCUGGACAACCAUGCAGAUCAUAAGAUAACUUUGAGUGGUACUGGUUAUACAGCUCUUGUUAUUGCUACUAUGGUGGGCUCACUGAAAUGUGUGAAGCUCCUGCUUGAGGCCGGUGCUGAUGUGGAUGGCAAAUCUAAUGAGACGCCCUUAAUGUUUGCUGCCAGUACUGGUGGCUUAACUGACAUCCUGAAGUGCUUAGUCCUGGCUGGUGCAGAUGCUAAUGUUACUGACAGUUUAGGACGUGCUCCUAUAGAAAUUGCUGCACGUUCUGGUAGGCGUAAAGAUGUGGAGAUCCUAUUUCCGGUCACUUCACGUAUUCCUAGUAUAUGUGACUGGAGUGUUGAUGGAAUUAUUAGUCAUGUAAAAUCAGUGUGCCCUCAGAAGAAAGCAAUGCUUGCUACUGCAAAAUUUAAAGCACAUGAGGCGUUCAAGAAUGGGAACUAUCUUGUUGCAGCAGGAAUUUACAAAGAGGCAGUGGAACUUGACCCUCACAAUGCAACUUUGCUUGCGAAUAGUAGCCUAUGCUUUCUUCGCUUCGGUGAUGGGGUACAGGCCUUGAAGGAUGCUCAAGCUUGCAGGAUGAUGCGACCUGGGUGGUCAAAGGCCUGCUAUCGUGAAGGAACUGCCCUAAUGUUACUGAAGGAGUAUGGAAAGGCAUCUGGUGCAUUUCUUGAUGGUCUUAAAUUGGAGCCAGGGAAUGUCGAGAUCGAAGAUGGAUUACGGGAGGCCAUGAAAGCCUUGAAGAUGUCCUCGUAGUAUGCCUGAGUGAGAUUAGCUGGAUCGGCACCAGCAAGUAGAUCGAUGUGAGGAACUUGUAUGUACUUUCCUGAUGUGCACUGCUCACCGAAGAAACAGAGAUGCCCUGUUUUUCUGUUCCGCUUAGGGCGUAACUGAAGGCUUUUGAAUGAGACAAGUUUGUUAGGUUAACUGUCGAAUGCCCUUUUUCUUAUCAUCAUUCGCUGGAUCAUGAGAAAUUUUGAAGUCCCUCGCCUCACCAGUUGCUCGAGACCUUAUUGCGACCGCAAUUUCCAGCGCAAAAGCUCUUAUGUAUAGAGGAGAAUUUUAUGUUCCGUUGGUAUGGAAAAUGUUUCUACCGUAGACAGCUCCUCCAGGCGGGUGUAAUGUCUUUACAACCUCCGAACUGAGAAUAUUGUACAUCUGCUAGGUGUGGAUGGAGUGAAUGCCUCUGGUUGAUGAGUUUUUUUUUUGUUUGAAA